AUGCGCUGCUCCGCUGCUGUCCACCUCCUCUCGCUGGCCUCGACGCUGGCCAUGCCCGUCAUCUCCUCCGCCUCCGCCUCUACCGGCCUCAGCAUGCCCCCGGACGACGCUACUUCUUCAGACCUCGCCGUGGUGGAGUACAACAUCGAGUCGGCCUGCGCCAAAUUCGAAGCGUCUGUAGGCGUCCAGGAUGAGCAGCUGACGACUCCACUAGUCUUCGAGCUGCAAAUCAACCCGACUGAACAUCUCCGCACUUCCGACAUAUCACUGAACGGCGAACCGCUGGAAUUACUUUGGACUACCAGCGAGUAUAAUAGCUCAUGGACGGUAAUAGCACCUGCCCAACAUUCACUCUCUGUUCCGGAUAAGCUGGGCUUCCCUCACGACCUCCGCGUCACCAUCGGGGGAAUAGUAGCGGAUGUUCCGGAGACUCUCCUCUCCUCACUCAAAAGUUCUUCGACCCAAAACAUCAACGUCCACAUUGACUCGGUAGACGGCGUCACCACAGGGUCCUCAGGUCUCAUCGGUUUCACCAUCCUCACUGAUCCAACCGCCCCGCGUAGACUUCUUAGACUGGUCCCCGUCCGCGUUCCUGAACCCAUCAAGUUUGACCAACUUGAAGAAUCCUUCAUGGUUGCGCAGCCCGUUCACGAUGUCACCCCCAACGAGCCGGUCGGAUACGACGACGACGAGAGCCAUGAUAUCGAGGCGGAGAUCGAGUCGUUACUGUUGUUGGAGGCCCAGGCCGGGGAGCUCAACACUGCGAUAGCCGCUAAGAAGCACGCUAUUGCCAAGUGUCUGAAAGAACAUCGUGACCAUGUCACGCUCAAGCAUCUGCUUCAGCAAUGCGACGGUCUCGUCUGUGCCGCCAAAGUCAUUGCCCAGAGGAUAUGCGAUAAGAUGGGUAUCUUGACUGUGCCCAAGGUUGGCUACGCGCAAGUGCAGGACCCUCACCUGCAGAACCUCAUCGACUUGGAUGACGAGAACGUGAGGCCUUAUGCUUCUACGAAAGCUGGCAUCGGCUCUGAGAAGUAUUCGAAUACUACCAGAAUCGGCAGUCUGUCGUCAGCAGCCAUUCAGCCGAUUCAGGUUGUCUAUCCACAAAGCCUGCUCUUUAGAGUACUUGGUGGAAUAGCAGCAGCCCUUGGACUUACAGCACUUUUCGCGUUCAUUCGCCAAAAAUGCAUGUCAAUGCGGAGGCGCGUGGACCGAGCUGCGGACCGAGAGGAGAGACGAAACGCACGAGCAUAUCGACGAGCAGCACGACGGGCAGAAAUGCGACGAAGAUGGGAUGCCUUUGUCGCAGCUAUCAACUGCUUCAAAUCACCAGCAGAACCACCCAGGAUGGAAGACUACGAGGAAAAGCGGGCUCUUAUCCUCCAAGACGCCUUCCUGGAGCAGGAUAUCGAUGCAGCGGAGAAGGGUGAAGUGAUGGAAGCAGAAAUUCGUGAGCUGAGACAUGCUCAUCAAAUCGUCUCCAGCUUGGUGAGAGUCGACGAACACAGAUACGACCUCAUCACGCCGAUCAACGACCCUCCACCACCGAUGGUGCCUCUACCAUACACACCGGCGACGCGAUCACGAGCAAGUACAGCCACUCUACCCUCCUACACAUCAGAGCUGCUACCAGACUACACCUCCCGCUACACCCGCACAGAAGCCGGAAGCAGCAGCAGCAGUCUCCGAAGCAACAGCGUCGUCAUCGAAGGCCUCGAUCUGCGAAGCCCCAUAUCAUCAUCCGCAGGAGGCACUUUCACAGGCAGCACCCCACGAACACACAGCGUCGACAGCAGCACGAAUGGAUCUCGACGAUCGAGAUAUACCCCCACGAGCAGCGUUAUCGAGACGAGCCCGCGACCCAGCGAGGAGACGCUGCGGACGAAUUGCCGCCGGUCGAGAGAUACGAAUGAUUUGUAA